AUGGAAGUCCAUCUCCCCAAUAAUGAUAGAGGACCCACUUCAACAGGCAUGGAAUUUUUGGAAAACUACUUCUUAGGCAUCUUUACGUGUGAGGCAAUUCUGAAGAUUGUAGCCCUUGGAUUUCUACUUCAACCCGGUGCCUAUCUUCGAAAUGUCUGGAACCUCCUCGACUUCACCGUCGUUAUAACCGGUUAUAUAACGGUUUUUGCGCAAACCGAAACUGGAAUUGAUUUGAGGACACUCCGGGCUGUUCGUGUCCUACGUCCACUCAAACUGGUUUCUGGAAUACCCAGUCUGCAGGUCGUUCUGAUGUCGCUGAUAAAGGCGAUGGCGCCGCUACUGCAAAUUGGUUUGCUUGUCCUUUUUGGCAUUGUUGUAUUGGCUAUUGUUGGACUGGAGUUCUACGGUGGAGGAUUUCACCUCACCUGCUUUGACGAACUUUUCAUGUUGGAUGUAAGAAGCUUGUGGAGAAGAGAUCGAUUGUCGGUGAGAAAUGAUUCAAAACUGGAGAAGAAUUUCCAGAUGCAUAGUAGUCAAUUGUCGAAAGCUCUUUCACAAAUGGGUCAGAAAGUGGGAGCAACGUGUUCUCUUCCCCCAAUUUGA